AUGUUAGAAUUGAAUACAAUCAGAACAACAGACUCGCACCAGGACACAAAGUGGCAAUACACCGGCAAUCGAGAUGAUUUUUAUAAUUCUUCUGCCUCAGAUGUCACUCACGACCAAGAAUAUACUGAAGAAGAAAAACUUUUGGUUAAAAAAAUUGAUUGGUUUAUAAUGCCAAUCAUUUGCACACUAGAUUUUUUACAGUUUCUCGAUAAAUCCACAAUCAACUACGCUGCCUUAAUGACGUUUAAAACAGAUGUUCAUUUAGAAGGAAACCAGUUCAGUCUAUUGGGUUCUGUAUUCUAUUUAGGCUACUUUCUGUUUCAGUUACCCAAUAAUUUCUUGCUACAACGCAUUUCUGUUGGCAAAUACAUUGGUAUCAUUGUUGUUUUAUGGGGUACAGUAUUACUCUGUACCGCCUUUGGCACAAACUUUUCUCAAAUUGCAGCUAUGCGAUUCUUAUUAGGUUUCUUUGAAGCCGGUAUUUAUCCUUCUCUCACCCUAUUGGUGAGUACAUUUUAUAGACGUUCGGAACAAGUCGCUAGACUUGGUGCCUUUUGGAUCUGUAACGGAUUUGCCUUAUUUGCUGGCGGCUUAGUUUCAUUUGGUAUUAGUCAUAUGGUAAAUGUGGGUGGACUGAAAUCAUGGCAAUGGAUUAUGAUUAUUCUUGGUAGUAUAACAAUUUUAAUGGGCGUCGUAUCAUUUUUCUUCUUAAUCGAUUCACCAAAGUCUUCUGCAUUGAAGCUUAAUGCCGAACAAGAAAUGUUGGUGGAGGAAAGGACAAGAGACAACGCAACCGUCCGUACCACAGAAGUCAAAACAGAACACAUUUGGGAGGCGAUUAAAGAAAUUCGAUUUUGGUGCUUCAGUUUUGCCUGCCUGUUAAUCAAUCUUCAAAAUGGUGCCAUGACCAUUUAUAAUGGUCAGAUUACAGCAAGUUUUGGUUUUGAUCAAGUGGAAUCCAUGUUGCUUAGUGCAGGUAGCGGCGCAGCUACGAUACUGUUCAUUGCCGUAGCAAUUGUCAGUGUUCAAAGAACACAUCAAACAAUCUAUACAGCUUGUGCUCUUAUGGUUGUCAAUGUUCUGGGUCUCAUCCUACUACUUGUCAUUCCUGUGACCCAUCUUAAAUUGAUCGGGUUCUACAUGAGCUGGUCGUACUGUUCUGUUUAUGUCCUUCUGGUUACAUCCAUUUCAAAUAACGUUACAGGUUACACUAAAAAAAUCUUCUAUAACGGUGUUUUAAUGAUCUUUUAUACCGUUGGAAACUUCGUCGGACCGCUCAUGAUGGUUUCCCCUCCCUAUAUCGAAGGUAUGAUUGGCUAUUUAAUCGCAAAUAGUCUAGUCCUCAUACUCUUAUUAAUUGCGAGAAGCCGAAUGGCUCUAGUCAACAAGAGACGCAUACUUUUGUUAGCACAUACGUCCGCUUCGAGCGCGGCACAUUCUUAUUGUCAGGAUGACAUUAGUGACGAGCAAGAUCAAACUUUCAUUUACUUGUUAUAA